GGGCGAUCGUGUACCUGAUAAACUCCCAUGGGACAACGUCCGGGGGACUACCGACUCGUGGAAUCACCGCUCAUAAAACAAAAGGAUAAACUCCAAUAGGAUCCGCUCCCGCCGAAUCCCCUCCCCAAUGGAAUCAGUUAUUGCGGGACAACCUCCCAUGCACAAACCUACAACAUAAUUCUAGUAGGAUGAUCUCUCACAGCACGAUAGGACAACUUUGUUGGGCACCCUGCUAGCGGGUGCCCUACUGGACAGCCACCUAAAAGACACCCCCUCACAUCGUCUUGUAGGAUAAUGGCCUGUCGAGCAGUACAAUCCAAGCAAGGCUUCUAUAGGAUGAAUGCUAGGAGAUAUGUUGAGCGGACGUCUUCACGGAGUGUGCCGGUGUGCCCUUGCAACUUCCAGCGACCACAGUGGAGAAGUCGAAAGCUGCGCGAAAGGGGCAAAGGGAAGGGAUGGUUGAUCAUUGACCGGCUGCCUCGCUGGAUAUCCUCGGACGAUAAUUACUGGAUGAGACGGACAUGAGAUCGGCAGGGUACAAUGCUGCAGCGCGACAUUGGCGUGCUCCUUGCACUACCAUCGCAACAUGACCCGCUCUCACCACUGUGGUUUGGUUUGUUUGGUUUGUAUCAAUCGCGCCGCAGUCCAUGGCAACCAUGCUUGCGAGUUCGAAAGGGGCGGCAAAGAACAUUGGCGAUCACUGGAGCCAGUCGGCCAGUCGCCCCCCUACCACGGAGACGGGAUCACAUCUCGAUUUUUGCGGGAGCAGCGUGUAUCAUAGCUCUUGGCAGUGGCCUCACUUAUCCUAUGACUACUGGCGAGACUGUCGGGAGGUUGUAUGCUCUCCCGGCGAAAGGGGCAAGCAGCCAGGGUGACUUAGCCACAGUGGCCUCAGGGUUGGCCUUCUGCGUCAGGUCUUCCAAGGCGCGAUUGAACUGUAUGCGGUCGUGUUGUGGUCAUGCUCGUGCAGUCAAGCUCGAAGAGUCGUAGGGCUCAGCAAGGCUGCGAGGUCGGCCAGGGACCCCAGGGAAGCUUUGACGCACGGGCGUCCUCGGGUUUGCUUGGACCUCUUGACCGACCCUGAUGUUGGUUUUGACAUGCACCCUGAUGAGUGUCUCUCUGGGGCCUGAUCUGGUUGAUUUUCCUGAUCGCUUCGCUUCAGUAGAUCAAAUACUGGGCAGCUGGGAGGAUCAUUGGGGAUCCACGUUUGGUACGGGCCACGAGGGCAAGACUUGCCGAAGGAUCUCCAAGGGGAACGAUCAUUGAUGUUCGUGAUCCUCAGCUGGUCCCUCAAGCGAAACCAUGUGGUUCCAUCCAAGCCAUCCUGACCACGACCACAACGGUUGCGUCGGAUUUUGAGAUGGCAGGCGCCUGUUCGGCUGAAUAGUACCACAGACGUGCAUGAAGGGCCAUAGCCACUUCUCAACCCACACUAGCCAACACAAAACCUCAUCCGUCUCAGAGCCUCAUCCGCACUCUAGCCCGCCAAGGCCAGCCAUGAUUGGGCGGGCUCGGUCUCAACAGCCCCAGUCCAGACGAUUCCGUCGCAAGAAAUCAGACGAGGGGGUCUUUUCGUCGGGAAUUUCAGAUCAAGUUUAUUCGGCCCUGAAAGUCACUUCGAUGCGGUCCCGCGGGCAAAGAGGUACAACACCAAGCUUUGUGUUUGGUAGCCUGCCAACCGAACUCGUUCGUGCCCACCCCGGCUGCCCGGCAUAGGCGCCCCCUGAUCCCAGCCGGUUUUGAUGCUUAUGCAUAUCUUCACUAAGCUCUGCAUUCCCUUUUCGAGUCACUCCUACGAUCGCGAGUAUCACUCGCGUAGAUCCCCCUCUGGAGACUGGAGCCGGAAUGUCGAGAAGCCGGUCUUGGGGGCGGCGCAUAGCCCUCUCGACAUCAUCAAACAACAGGUGGACGGCGGCAAUGGGCAAGAACAACCACAUAUAUCCCGAGGGAUCCCCACGGUGAUGAGGAUCAUGAUCUUCGCAUGCCGUCCUCCCAAGGCUUUCCACGAUCACAUCCGUCGAUCCGUAAUUCCUGAUUUGAUUCUUUUAAGCGCCCUAGAGGCUGCUGUUUCGUUCCUUGUAUACACAUUCAUUGUCUACACUCCUUUGAUAGGACCAACAGACCAAAAGCAUCAUCUAUACUAUCCCAAAUAAAUAUCUUUGCUCAAGAUGUUCUUCAGGAAUCUCAUCACCGCCCUAGUCGGCGUGUCUGUCGUUACUGCUGCUCCUGCGUCCGUUGACCGAACUGCAACACCGGUGGAAAGGUCUUUGAAGCACAGGGCCAGAUCUCAACAACAGAAGAGAGAUAUCAUUAUCCAACAGACGGUGCUCGAGCCCCAGGUCACAGUAAUUAACAACAACUUGGACACCAUCGCGGCUCUUGCCUUGACUGCAGAGCAACAAUUUGCUGCUCUGGUCCAGUCUCAACUUGCUCUUGUGUCAACGGUGGAGACCAUCAAGAACAACAUCAGAGUCAACCAUUUCAAGAACAGGUGGACGAAUGUGAACACCGUCAUCGUUGCUGUCACCAAUGUCAUUGACCAGCGAGAUCCCAACAAUGUCAACACUCGCUACAUGGUCAACCAGCUGUUGGCGGACAAUGGUGCACCUGAUAAGGAGAUCCUCGUCAUGCUGAACUCCCCUGAGCCGCUGGUCAUCGGACCUGUCCCCACGCCCGCCACAUUGAAUGUCCCGGGCGUCGCCGGGGUCGGGAAUGCCUCUCAGCCCGCUGGCGCGGCUCCUCAAGUCGCUCCGAUGGACCCCAAUGCGCCGUUUGGCCAGAUCAAUGGUUCUGUCCUGCUUCCCUUUGGUUCACAGCCACCACAGGCCCCCAGCAACGCUCAGAUCUUUGCCGACCCGGCUGCGAUCAUCCUACCGAACCAAAACGUGUUCGUCGGGGACACGAAACUCAUCCAGCAAGAUUGCCAGCUCCUCGCUGCUGGGUCUCUCUUCAACCUGCAGGCUCAACUGCUUGCCAACCAGCAAGCCAUUGCGCAGGCCCAGCUCGCAGGCCUUGUUCUUGGAACCGCACCCCCGCCCACGAUUAUCGUGAACGUAAACAAUGGCCAGCAGAAUGGCAAGGACCAGAAUGGCAAGGACCAGAAGGCUCAGGACCAGAAGGCUCAGGACCAGAAGGCUCAGGACCAGAAGGCUCAGGACCAGAAGGCUCAGGACCAGAAGGGCCAGGAUCAGAAGGGCCAGGAUCAGAAGGGCCAGGAUCAAGCCCAGCCUCAAGCCCAGCCGCCAGCUGACCAGAAUGCUGAGGGACAGGCCCAACCACCUGCUGAUCCAGCUCAGCAACCAGCUGAGCCACAGGCUGCUCAGCCGGCCCCGGCCCCGGCUCCAUCGGGAGAGUAA